GCAGCCAUAUUGGCAUGGGGUAUAGAUGACAAUUUCGCCUCAGCCGAAGAGCUACAUUUUUGUUGUUUUUGAUAUUUUUUCAAGGGUGUAUUCUAACUGAAACGAAAGGAGAUCAAAAUAUCAUCCCAAUUUGGCCCAGGUCGGUCCCGUGGAAGGCGUUGAAAGAGGUAUCUGUGUUAUUUGACUUCACAACACUGUACUGGCAAUUUCCAUGAGCAACAACUUAAACAAGAGGGCCCCAACCACAGCAACACAGAGGUUAAAACAGGACUACCUGCGAAUCAAGAAAGAUCCGGUCCCCUACAUCUGUGCAGAACCGCUCCCAUCAAACAUUUUGGAAUGGCAUUAUCUAGUUCGUGGACCUGAGAAGACUCCAUAUGAAGGUGGAUAUUAUCAUGGCAAACUCAUUUUCCCACGGGAAUUCCCCUUCAAACCCCCGAGCAUAUACAUGAUCACACCCAACGGCAGAUUUAAAUGUAAUGCCAGGUUAUGUCUUUCCAUCACAGAUUUUCACCCCGACACAUGGAACCCUGCAUGGUCUGUCUCCACCAUCUUAAACGGUCUCCUGAGCUUCAUGGUUGAAAAAGGCCCAACCCUCGGCAGUAUCGAGACCUCUGACUUCACAAAAAGACAGCUGGCCUCCCAGAGCCUUGCAUUCAACAUCAAGGACAAAGUCUUUUGCGAACUGUUUCCAGAUGUUGUUGAAGAAAUCAAGCUGAAGCAGCGCAUGCAAGAGGAGAUCCGGAUCCGUUCUCAAUCUCUGCCUCUCCCUGACGUGGUGCCAGAUGGUGAAGCUCACCACGCACAAAAUGGGCAUCUGCUCCCAGGGGCGGCCCACCCACCCGACCUCCACCAGGUCAACCGAAACCAUGGACUUCUGGGUGGAGCGCUCGCCAACUUGUUUGUCAUCGUUGGCUUCGCCGCCUUCGCCUACACGGUUAAAUACGUUCUGCGGAGCAUCGCGCAGGAGUGAAUCACCCAAUGAGAAAUUAUGUCGGGAGGGACGAAAGGGUGGAGCUGUUCUUACGAUCAAAAUAGGUAGCGAGAAGUCAAAAGGUUUUCUUACAACCAAAUAAAACGAAGCAGUCCCGUAUUCAAAAUUGAGAGCUCUGUGAUUUCCUCAGUGGUGAGAACCACUCAAAGGUCAAGUUCACAUGAAUUGAUGGCUUUGUUAAUAUGUAAGGAAAUUUAAAAACUCACAUUUUCUACCUUACCCUAUUCCCAAAGGACCCAAUCCCAUGUGUGACCAUGCAUUGAUCAUCCGAAUUGGCUUUUUAAGGCCUCUUUGUUUUAAUCAACGUCUGUUUCUGCAUUUCUCGUUGAUCUGAAGAUUUUAAAAUGCUGACCUGUUUUUAUGUGGAAGAUUAAAUGAAAAAAUUGUGGUCCAAUCAUUCCUCAAAAUUAACACCAUUUGCUGUGACCGAGAACACAAACCAUUUUAUGUAAUGGAAAUGGCUCGACUGUACACAUGCUUUACCUAUGGAAAUUUAUUCUUAAAUGAAUUUGUGCUUGCUUGCGCUACGCCAGCUAUAACAACCAGUUAGGACAUGAAAGAAGCGGCGUGAAAUUAAUUACUUGUCAUUAGUUUUGUGUGUCUGUGAUGCGGCGCUCCAAGUGUACAUUAACUUUAAUUAUUUCAGAGGGGUCGCCGUCGGCCAGAAGCAAAAAACAUUAUCAACAUUUGUUCAGGCCAUGUAACACUAUAAUUUAUGUUUUUGUGCAAUAUGUAGGAUUGUCAACUUGGCUUUCACGAUACAAAGCACUUAACUUUUUUUAAGGGUUUGUUAGUUAUGCAAUAAUUUUCAAUAAAUCAAAAUUAAUAUCCAUUUAAUUUCUUAAAGGUAGGAGAUUGUACAUUUAAGUGCAUAAAAAAAAUUUGACCAUUUCCUUUUGUACUGUAAAAAGAGGAUGUAUUCUGUAGAAAAACUGAAUUACUUCCUCAAAAUCAGUGAAUUGCACAAAUAAUCGAUUCCUUAACUUGCAAGUCAAAGCCUAGUUUGCUGAGACCUACAUGCACUGCUGAACAUCUCUUUCUGAGUUAGAACAGUCUUAUCAACCUUUACUUUUCGGAGUGAAUGUUGAAUGGUCUGGUCAUUUGAUAACUUGCCCCCCAAUUGAAGUGUUUUGUCCCAAAUAAUAGAACUUUUGGCACCUCCAUGAACAAUGUUGAUCGAUAUCAGAGAUGGUCAUGUUGUGUUUACAUUUUGAAUAAACAAUAUUCUGUUAAAGAAAGCGGUCAUGUGUGAUUCUACCCUUUAACACCAAGUUUAAGGUGUACCUGCAUUUAAGAACUUUUUAAUUUGGCUCAUAGAUUCUUGAAGAUACUGACGCUCAAAUUAAUGAUCAAUAUUCAUUUACAUUUAUGCAUUUGGCAGACACUUUUAUCCAAAGCGACUUACAGAGCCCUUAUUACAGGGACAGUCCCCCCCGGAGCAACCUGGAGUUAAGUGCCUUGCUCAAGGACACAAUGGUGGUGGCUGUUGGGAUGGAACCAGCAACCUUCUGAAUAACAGUUCAGUGCUUUAGCCCACUACGCCACCUUCACAAUAUUCCAAGUUACUUAAUCAUUGAUACAUCUGUUGGGUGUUUGUAUGUGUAUAUCAAAGUAUUACCAUGUUUUUGGACAUGAUAUCAUGGUAAUAUCAUGGGGUGUUCAAGAUAUUUUUCGAGCAGCAUUUAAAUGUCAUGUUACUUUAAAAUGGUAGUCAUCGAGGAACAUUAGUUACUAUAAUAUACUCAAUAGUGUGGUGCCACCACAGUGGAUUAAAAUAACCAAAUCAGAACGAAAUAACAAAAAAACUCCCCCAAAAAUGGUCAUUCUUCUUUUUUUUUAUUUGGUGUAAUGUUCUAAGGUUUGUCAUUUUGUGAUUUAUUGCGCUUUGUUCUGGGGGCUGUUGGUCUGUUUUGCACUUCUCAGCCACCAUAGAUGCUGUUUUUUUUUUUUUU